UUAUGUCGUAAGCCGCAGCUGAAGCAGCACAGAGACGUCAUUCUCACGUGAUUCGUGUUACUUUACACAACGCCUGCGGCGAUAAACCAAUCACAGCCGUUUGUGAUUACAGGAGAAAAUUGCUUAAAUGGAAUACAAACAGUAAACACAAAACUUAAUACUAUUCCAAUAAAUCCAAACAGCAGAAAAAACAACAACAACAGGAGAUCUCUGAUCUCUGAUUAGACAAAAAUAUAAUAUAACAUAGUAAUGUAAUAUUUAGGCUACAUUCGUUUCAGCCAAUAUGGUCAUAUUUUUGACAUUGAAAUGACAGAAAAAUGCUUAAUCAUAAAAGGGAUUUCAUUAAUAAUUAUGCAUUGUAGCCGGGAUGUUGAUAGCAAAUCAGUUUUGAUUAUAGGGGACGCCGGGGCUAGUUGUCACACUUUUAUUAUUAUUAUUAUUAUUAUUAUUUAGAGUGGAUUUAUUUUUGAAAGAUAGUUUCUGUUUAGACAUAAACCUUCAAACCUUUACUACACUUUUUUUAAAGGUCAUUAUUGGCAUUCAUGAAGAUCCUUUUAUAUCCAUGGAAACUUCCUAUUGCAUAAAUUAUUAAAAUGUUCUUCACACUAAGAAAAAAUGGUGCUUUUAAGAACUGAUCACUGGACGGUUCUUUGGGGACCCAAAAUGGUUCUUCUGUGGCAUCACUGUGAAAAAACCCUUUUGAAACGUUUAUAUUUAAUAGUCUGUACACAAUCAAUCAAUCAAUCAAUUAAAUGAACAAUACACACUGUUAUUGGGAUAGGGGAAUAUAUAUAUAUAUAUAUAUAUAUAUAUAUAUAUACAUAUAUAGCAGAAUUUAUUAAAGUAUGACUCAAAAAUUAAUCAUGAAAAACAGGAAAUGUACAGAGUCUGUAAUAUUGCAAUGGUUUAUAAUUUAUAAAGUUCAAAGAGUUUAGGAGCUUUCUGCUGUAUUUGGGAUUUGUGAUUUAUUGGAAACCGUUUUUGUCUGAACCAACAAGAGAAGAAACGCACAGAGUACGUUUAAUAAACGUUGUGUGAAUGUCUUUAUUUCAGUGUAACCUUUGGACAUUUAUUCCACACUGAAGCUUUUUCUCAGUGGCAUAAUCAUAAUCUGUCUUUAUAUAAUCGUAUUGUGCAUUGAUAGGUUUAAAUCCUGAAGUAAGAAACCCUUGAAAACAGCCUGUUGAACCAAAACGCCGCAUUUCUGCAGGAUCUUCUGAACCUGAUCGGAGGAAACAUUAACGGUAAGUCUAACGUUUCUUGAAUGUUGCUGCUUGUUUCAGAACGUUCAGAGAACAUUCAAAAGUAACGUUCAAAUAGUGUUUGAAGAAUGAUAAAAUGGAACGUUCCCUUAAUGUUUUCAUAAAUUAAGAGGAAUGUUGGUGAAAUGUUCUUAGAACAUAUUUUUGUUAGCUGGGUAAAAAAAGGUCUUGAUUGGCUGCUGUCAUCUGCUCAGGUUCAUUCAGUGUGAUUGAAUGAUUGAUCCUGAUUUCUCUCUGCAGCUUCUGAUGGAUUUCAGUGGGAAAUAUCAGCUGGAGUCACAUGAGAACUUUGAGGCUUUCAUGAAGGCCAUUGGGCUGCCGGAGGAUGAGAUCGAGAAAGGCAAAGACAUCAAGAGCAUCUCAGAGAUCCAGCAGGACGGAAAUGACUUCAAGGUGACGGUGACGGCGGGAACUAAAGUGAUCCUGUACUCGUUCACUGUGGGUGAGGAGUGUGAGCUGGAGACCUUCACUGGAGAAAAAGCUAAAACUGUGGUUCACAUGGACGGGAAUAAGCUGACAGUGUUUGUGAAGGGGAUCGACUCUGUGACUGAGCUGGAUGGAGACACUAUCAGUAACACCCUCAGCUUCGACGGCAUCGUGUACAAGAGGAUCAGCAGGCGCAUCUCCUGAUCGUCUCACUUCUGUUUGUUUGGAAGGGCGAGUGAUUUUCUUACAUCUGGGAUAGAUUCAAUCAAAACGCCACAAUGUGAUCUGUUGAAAAUG